AACUUCCUGCAACAUUUCUAUUGGCUAGUGGGCCUUGUAGGCGAAAUUGAAAUAAACGUUUGAACCCUCUCUCUGCUGAUUGUUUGCUGACUCUUCAAUGAAGAUUGUUUUUAGCUGUGUUUUCAUAGUCCUGGCUCACUAACAGUUCUAAGAUGGGGGACCAUGUUGAGGCACAGAUUACUCCUGAGACUCCAGGCAGGCCUUCCAUUAGAAACCCCUUUGAAAGUCCCAAUGACUAUCACCAUCUCCGUGAAGCCCUGGUGCCAAGCCCAUCUGUCUUCAAGUCCAAGGCUUGUAAAGCUACUCCUCCCAAGUUUAACUGGUCUAUUGAUGAAAUGGCCAGUCUUCUUCCAGUACACAUAGACCCAGAGGAAAUCCAGCGACAGUCUUUUUACCUCAGCCAGACAAGGAUGGAUUCUGACAUUGAGGAAAAGCGUCAGAAUGCUAUUGAGCAGUUUUUCACCAAAGGGGCCAUUGUGCCUUCCCCCUGGGCAGCACCAGACACUCGUAAAGGCCCUCAGAUCUUUAUGAAAAGUUGUAUGUCUGCAAUGAUUGAAGAGGAGCCAGAAAAAAUCUCAGUUGCUUGCCAGACAACUCUUUCGUUACCUUUGGCUUUUGAUUUGGAGAAAGUACUAGGGGAUUAUUACCGCCAUGAGGAAGUGUGCGAUGCUGUGCAGGAGAGUCUCAGUUCUUCCUCCUUAAGACGAAAACUCUUCCUCGAUGGCCAGGGCAGUUACAGCGGCUCUGACAGCUCCAGCCCACCAAGCCCAGAGAGAAGCCAUGCCAGGCAGGAGAGGCCUUCUCUAAACCGAGGAGAGGGAGCUGUAGGAGGGGUUGAAGCUAUAUCUUCUAUCUUUUGCUCUCCUUUGUCCUGUGGCAGGUCGGCUCCAACUCCCUCUACGGGUCAGUUCUCGUCCAGUCCCAUCCAGCAUGGCUGCUUUCGGGACUGCAGCCUCGGCAGCAUCACCAGUCCUCUGUUCCCUGAUAGGUCCUCUCCUGCUGGCCUUGUCUCCCCCACUAUUUCUCCUAUUGUUGCACAUGCGGCACGCACACCCAUAGGCUCAGCUGAGAGGAAGCAGCGGAGCAAUUUGACUCCACACGGUGUUCCCCUGGACAUAGAUGUCACUUCCUGCAAUGAGAGCCCAUUUGUCGAGGGUUGCUCUCCCAUUCGUAGUUGCUCCCCCCAGCUCCACUGCCACAAUGAGCCCCAGCACAAAGCCAGACCCAAGCCCCGGCCCAGAGUCCGUUGCUGGGCCUCCCCUCCCCUCAUUUCCCCGAUCCUCAACCCUAAGCUUCAAGACAAUCAGGAGGCUGAGGAACAUCUCCCCUCGUCGUCGUCCUCCUCCUCUUCUCUCCCCCCUAUGGAGCUAGAUCCAUCUUCACCCAUGGCCCACAACGCUCACCCUGUUGACACUGAGAGAGUUAGCCUGGAACCUAUGAAAAUGGAGGAGGACAAGGAGACGGGGAUAGAAGGGAGGUUGGCGGAUGAGGGGGAUGAAGAGGAGGAAGGUGGAAGGCCUUCAGGGCUGCUGACGAGCUCUCGCAUGGGCAAUGUGUCAGCAAUAGAAAGCUCUCAGAUGUUUCUAUCUCUUCUGGCAGAGGGAAGCAGCAUACGCUAUGAUUCCAGCAUGCAGGUGGACAGUGGUUACAACACUACCUCAGCAGGCACCGCCAGUCUUAUAGAUGGCCUCAGCUCAGACUGUCACAGCAGAGAGUCCUUCAGUUCAAACUUGGCAGAAGAUGCCUUCCAAGUCACUCGACACACUAAAGUAAAGGUAUUUUAUCAUCACCACUGAGCCAUCUGAUUGAUGCAUUUAAAGGGACGCCUCUUCCAGUGGAAGCUGAAGAUGAUUAUUUUGCAAUCAAAUACAAAAGUUUACACUAUGUUUGAAGCAUCUAUGUUGAAUUAAUUUGGUUAGGGUGAGUUGGUAGUUGCCUGAUUGGAAACAAGUGCUCUACCAUAGUUUUUUAUCCCAGGUUAGAAGGGAGAAGACUAACCCAUGGCUUAUUUUAGUCCCACUGUAAGACACUGAAAAACUAUGUCAGCAGUUCUUUUGGACCCAGUAUACUGGUACGUUAAGUGGGAAGGGGAAAAAAAAGUCAAUUCUGUAUCAAAUGUGCACAACAGUGACCUCCUUGAAUGCUGUAUUGAUGUUAAUGCCAUCAUUUCAAUUUUAUUUGGUGCUGACGUGAUCGACCUGAUAGAUCCUGAUUUUCAGAUGACAUUAGAUUUGUACUGUAUUUAUGUUUUUAUAAAACAGUUUAUCAUGAAGUUUUUAUAUGA